AUGAAGCCUUCUCUGGAUUUGUCUGUGUCUGCGUCUGCAUCUGCUACGCGGUGCCUGAAGGCUCUCUGUCUGUGUCUCCGUCCGUCUAUACUCUUCUCGGUUCUUGCAGCAUCUGUCAAUCGGUGCAGUGCGUUUUGGGCGUGCAGCGCCGCCAGCUGGUACAAGGUGCGGCACGUCUGCGACACGUCUAGGCCGGGUGCUGCUGCAGAGACAUUGGAAAAGAAGCAGUGUGGCAUCGUCCAGACGAUUGUUUGGCAGAAGAAGAGCCCCACUUCCGGGAGCUGGUCCGUUGACUGUCCUUCACCUUCACGCCCUGCAGCUGUGAUACUGGACAACUCGCCCGCCGCGACGGUGGAAGAGAUGAGGUUUGUGGCCGAUACUUGGUGA